AAUUCAGUGAACUAUAUACAUAUACAUAUAUAUUUAUAUAUAUUGGGUGAACAAAACUUUUGUGCAUAUAUAGAAAAUAUCAAAAUGGGCGAGAUCGAUGAGAAUAUAAUUUGGAAUAUUAAGAACGGGGAAAUCGAUGCGGUGCAGCUGGCAUUCGACCAAUCGAACCGAGAUGUUAACGAAUUCAUUGGUGGCCGUGCUCCCUUGCACUAUGCAGCCGACUUUGGCCAGCUGAAGAUGGUCAAGUAUCUUGUGCAGAUCGGAGCUGAUGUUAAUAAGGUGGAUAAAUAUCGCAUUACGCCCAUUUUGGCUGCCAUUUGGGAGGGGCACACCGAAUGCGUUCAGUAUCUGCUCAAGCAGGGCGCCAAUAAAGGGGGAACUACGCCCACUGGCCAGAACUACGUGGAGGCAGCCGAGAAGGUCGAGAUUAAAAAGCUGCUCAUGGAUCCCAACAUUGGCUGAUCAAGCGAGCGGACAAGAUAUUUGCUAGAGUUUGCGUUUUAUUUGUUUUGUUUGCAUUAAAUUUUUAGUUUCACUUUAACUUAAAGACAUGCAAAUCAUCUCGAAGUAAACCUUAACAUAAUUAACAUAAUAUUUUUCUAUAAUAAUGAUUAUUCUUAUUGAUGUUAUCCAUAAAAUAUCAAGGCAUUUCGCACGCCUCUGGCUCUGGCAGGCUGCAAAUCAUUUUGAUUACACAGCCAAAAUGCAGGGAAUGACGAGCUUCAAACAUAGAUGAGAGGGGGCGGCGGCAGUUAGUUAAUUUCAAUUUUGAACACGACACGCCCCAGAAGAGAUGGAUAACUCGUGUGACAAAAAACAAUUAAAUGGGAAACGCGACACGAAACGCGGGCAACUGUGAAUCGAAAACGCGAUAUUCAGGAGUCCAGAGAGCAGACCUAAAUGGAAUUCACACAUAUUCCUAAGCGCUCUGAAUUGGAAAGCAGCAGACAGAAGGAGAGAGAGAGAGAGAGCGAACAGAAUUGACCAGAAAGCCGACUAGAAAUGCAUUGCAUAUUCAACUGGGACAUUUGUACUGAGACUCAAGCAAAUUGGCGGAAUCGCCAGGUGAACGCUAAUGUGCAGAAGGUCAACAGAAGGUCAAUGAAAGAAACCACUGCAUACUAAGGCGAACAAUCAAGUUGAUAAUCGAGUCUCAAAAAUGGAAUUUAAUUGUAGAUUUGACAGAUAGAAUAGAAAAAAUGUAAUUAUUUAACAGCUGUUAACUAGCAGAUUUUUGGGAAUA